UGUGUUAAUCUUCUGGAAAUAUUAGCUCAAUACUAGUUUCAGCAUCAACAGAGUUAAAGAUCCUUAACUUUGUCUUUCCUAAAACAUGUUAACCAUGUUUGGUGGGGAUGUUUUGUGAUGCCGGAACUGUUCAGUGAACGGAAUUGAGAAUGUUUAUGGAAGUGUUCUGGUGUUUGUGGUAAAAUAACUGUAGAGACUAAACUAAUCAUCAUUAAGACGUCAGAAUGGCAGUGAGUGCAGUUCACCUGGAAUCGGACGCUUUUCUGGUUUGCAUGAAUCAUGCUUUAAGUACAGAAAAAGAAGAAGUAAUGGGACUCUGUAUUGGAGAGGUAGAUACUAACCGGAUUGUCCACAUUCACUCCGUGAUCAUCCUGCGUCGCUCAGACAAGAGGAAGGACCGCGUGGAGAUCUCACCAGAACAGCUUUCUGCAGCCUCUACUGAAGCCGAGAGAUUGGCUGAAAUGACUGGUCGGCCCAUGAGGGUUGUGGGUUGGUACCAUUCUCAUCCUCACAUCACUGUGUGGCCCUCACAUGUUGAUGUAAGAACUCAGGCAAUGUACCAGAUGAUGGAUCAGGGCUUUGUUGGGUUGAUAUUCUCUUGCUUCAUUGAGGAUAAGAACACAAAGACAGGGAGAGUUCUGUAUACCUGCUUCCAGUCUGUGCAAGCACAGAAAGGCUCAGAGUACGAGAGAAUUGAAAUCCCUAUCCAUGUAGUUCCUCAUGAAGCCAUUGGAAAGGUGUGUCUGGAGUCAGCUGUAGAACUUCCCAAAAUACUUUGUCAGGAAGAACAGGAUACAUACAGGAGAAUCCACAGCUUAACGCACUUGGACCCGAUCACGAAAAUACACAAUGGAUCAGUUUUCACAAAGAAUCUGUGCAGCCAGAUGUCUGCCAUCAGCGGGCCACUGCUGCAGUGGCUGGAAGAUCGACUGGAACAGAACAAGCAGAGCAUUGUGGAGCUGCAACAGGAGAAAGAGAGGCUAACACAAGAGCUGGCUGCCCUUUAGAGAAGAGGAGAGAAGUCCUGUAUGUCCCAGCACUCCUGCCAGUGUUUUCUGCCACCUAAUCCAAUCAAACAUUCUAAGAUACUUUCAUUGUUUCAUCUACUAUCAGAAAAUCUAGAGAUGCUGUACUCUGAAAUCUUUAGAAGAUAAUAAGCAUAUUUCAGACUGUCGGUCUUAUUUUAUGGGAUCCUCAAUUCCAAUCUAGAGGAGAGAAAUUUGCUUUCUUUAGGACCAGGCCCAUUUUUAAUCAAAUGCCCUACUCAGUUCAUGGUGUAUUGAGACAUUUAAUACUAAGACUCUGUUAUGGCAGUCCAGUUGUAUAAUUUGAGCUGAAAAGAUCUAGGUUUUUCUUCCACAACCAAAGUUUACUGCCUAGCCAUGACUAUCAACAUAGUGCAGACAUGAACUGUCUUGUAAAAGAUGUUUAUAUUAACAAUUGGUUAUAUAUAUAGUGAGAAAAAAAAACUAUUCUGCUUUUUUAAUGCAUGGGACAGUUCCAUUGCAUAGUUUUUUCUCAGGACAUAUCAUAUAAAUUAAAUUGAAAGUGUUGAACACAAAUACUGUAUUAGUGGUAAAAGCAGCAGGUAAUAGAAUGUACAAGAGAUCUGAUAUUGGUUCAGGAUACAGUGUAUGUUUUAUUCACUGAUAAAGAGUUUCUGACUCUUGGGAAUUUAAAAAUAAAAUAUUUUUCAGAGAAUAAUGUGAUCUUUAAACAAAAAUUUGAUUUCAACAGCUCUUUUUAUAUUAAUCUUUGUGGCUUCGUGGCUUGAACUUCAUAAUGGAUUAGAAACAAAAGUGGAACCCUAAACCAGAUAAAAACUAAUUUGCUGUAACCCCCUGUAGAGAACAAAUAGAGAAGAGAAAACAGUAGCCUCUCUUACAGAUAACUGAUGUUGAAGGGAGGAGAACUAUACUUUAAAUGAAAAUGUAAUGUAACAGAUGACCUCUUGUGUGGAAUUUCACACAGAGUGGUUAUUGCAUAUAAUAUCUAUUUUGUAAAUAUACCAUUUGGUAACUUAUUAUGCUGAAGGCAAAUUGUUCUAUACGACUUGUUCAUAUACUGACAUUCUUCUGUCAAAUGUAGAAGUUAUUGUGAUUUAAAGCAUGUGUGUAUUGGAAUGGAGGGUAAUUGUAGUCAGGGAUGUUUUAUUUCUUUAUUUAUUUACCUGAAUUUAUUGGUUUUGGUACACUGAGUAGAUUAUUUUGUUUUGAUCAGAAUACCAACUUAGACUUGAAUUUCUGUUUUUAAGACAGUGUCUAGGAAUCAUAGUGGUGUGUCCUGUUUAUAAAUGACUUACACAGGUAUUUUAAUGUUUUAGAUUACAUCAGUAGUCAGGCAUCUUAACGGCACAUUGAUCUUCAAAUAAAGUUCUUGUUGCAUCAUAAUUUAGUGAAACUCUAUGGAAACAAAACAAGGCUUUAAUCUUAUUUUUUUGUGUUAAGAGCACUAUAUUGUUAGUAGAAUUGAAAAGGUCCUUGAAAGUCAAAUUAAAAUACUAGUUAAUAAAAUAUGUAAUCAGUAA